GCGAGGUGGCAGCAGAGCUGAAGUUAAUGACAUUCCGACUGUCAAAAUUUGCUCCACCGAACUACGGAUAAAUGCUACAUCAUAUGGGCAGGAAUUUCAUAGUUUUCGUUGUUUUUCAAUCAUCUCAACAGGGAAUGCCAUGUUCCAUAAUGCAAUGUUAUACAGGAUAGAAGAUAUUUGGAUCUACAGUUUGUAUUUUCAUUGAAAUCUGAAUAGCAGACAUCAUGUCAAAGAAGAAUGCAGAAUCAGUGAAGGUGGUGGUGCGAUGUCGACCUUUGAACUCCAAGGAGAUAUCUCAAGGUCAUAAGAGGAUCGUUGAUAUGGAUAAUAAGAGAGGUUUGGUGGAGGUCACCAACCCUAAAGGAGCUCCGGGAGAACCAAAGAAAUCUUUCACCUUUGAUACCGUCUACGAUUGGAAUUCUAAACAGAUAGACCUUUACGAUGAGACGUUCAGAUCAUUAGUUGAGUCUGUGCUUCAAGGAUUCAAUGGAACUAUAUUUGCUUAUGGGCAAACAGGAACUGGCAAGACAUUCACAAUGGAAGGUGUGAGAUCCAACCCAGAGCUUAGGGGGGUCAUUCCCAAUUCAUUCGAGCACAUCUUCACUCACAUAGCAAGGACACAGAACCAGCAGUUCCUUGUCAGGGCUUCAUAUCUAGAAAUUUAUCAGGAAGAGAUCCGUGACCUUCUAGCCAAAGAUCAGAACAAGAGACUUGACCUCAAGGAAAGACCAGAUACAGGUGUCUAUGUCAAGGAUUUGUCUUCGUUUGUGACGAAAAGUGUGAAGGAGAUUGAGCACGUCAUGACAGUGGGGAAUAAUAAUAGAUCAGUAGGAGCAACUAAUAUGAAUGAGCACAGCUCAAGAUCACACGCAAUCUUCAUCAUCACCAUUGAGUGUAGUGAGCUUGGACCUGAUGGUGAGAAUCAUAUACGAGUUGGUAAACUGAAUCUGGUAGAUCUUGCAGGAAGUGAGAGACAAGCUAAGACCGGUGCAACGGGUGAUCGUUUGAAGGAAGCAACAAAGAUCAACCUGUCGUUGUCUGCUCUCGGGAAUGUCAUCUCAGCAUUAGUUGAUGGAAAAAGCAGUCAUAUACCAUACCGUGAUUCUAAACUAACAAGGUUACUACAGGACUCCCUCGGCGGCAACGCAAGGACAGUCAUGGUCGCUAACAUGGGUCCGGCUAGCUAUAACUUUGAUGAAACCAUUACAACGUUACGGUACGCUAACAGAGCCAAGAACAUCAAGAACAAACCAAAGAUCAAUGAAGAUCCUAAGGAUGCCUUGUUGAGGGAAUUCCAAGAAGAGAUUCAGAGAUUGAAACAAGCUUUAGAGAAGAAAGGACCGGGAGCAGGAAGGAAGAAGAGAAAGAGAAGAAAACCUGGAGAAGAAGGAGGAGAUGAUGAUGAUAUCGAAGACGAGACCGAAGAGGAAGGCGAUGAGAUGGAUGAGGAGGAGAUGUAUAAAGAAUCUCAACGGAAACUGGAAGAGGAAAAAGAGAGAAUUAUGGCGAAUCAGAGUAUGAUUGCUGAGGAAAAGCAGAAGCUGUUGAGCGAGGUACAGAACCGUCAACAAGAAAUAAAGAAACAACAUCAACAAAAGGAGAUGCUUGAGGGGAAGAUCAAGGCGAUGGAGAGCAAGCUCCUUGUCGGAGGGAAGAGCAUCGUUGAUCAUACCAACGAACAACAGAGAAAGAUUGAAGAACAGAGAUUACUGCUCGCAGAAGAAAAGAAUCGUGAGAGGGAGAUGGAGAGGAAAUUGAAGGAGCAGGAUGAUAAAACAGUGGAGAUCGAAGGAACGUUUUCAUCACUACAACAAGAAGUAGAAGUCAAGACAAAGAAAUUGAAAAAGUUAUUUGCCAAGCUUCAGUCAUAUAAGAGUGAUAUACAAGAUCUGCAAGAUGAACAUGCUAGAGAAAGACAAGAACUAGAACAGACUCAAAAUGAACUCAUUAGAGAACUCAAACUCAAGAAGCUGAUUGCUGAUAAUUUCAUCCCAUUGGAAGAGAGAACAAAGAUCACAACAAGAGCUGUGUUUGAUGAAGAGAGUGAAGAAUGGUUACUCACCCCACUAGCAAAGGCUGAAGGACCUCAACAGAUGGCAAAGAGACCAAUAUCGGCAGUGGGCAACCGCCGACCCAUCGCUGACUAUGCUCGUAUGGCAGCUCAGAUGGGAGGAAAUCCAAGAUAUAAGGCAGAGAACAUUCUUGCUGUUGACCUUGACAUGCCGAACAGGACGACACGAGACUAUGAGGGUCCGUCAGUAGCACCGAGGGUUCAGGCUGCAUUGGAUGCAGCCCUACAAGAUGAAGAUGAUCUUGAUCUAGAAGUACAACCUGAAGUUUUCAAGGCCAAGACGAAGCUGAAGAAAGACAAAGUCAGAUCAAAGCAUAAAGCAGUGAGUAAACCAGGCUCAAAUUCACAGUUAUACCCACAAGCAAGAGGUCUGAUCCAGAAAUAAUAUUACCAACAGUGUCUUCAUUUCUUAUCAAGAUACUACCUUAUUGUGUCAAGAAAGGCAUAUCUCCUCAUCUUCAAAGCCUUCAAUAUGAGUUUAGAGUACUGUGUCUUUAUAUUCAUCAUUUCAUAUCAAGAAGGUUGUAUCUCCUCUCGCUCUAUUUAAGUCUAAAUUAAAUCCUUGUACUAUCGGGUCUUCACACUUCACUAGCUGACAAAAGGAAGCGACAAAUUAAAAAAAAGAAGUUUUUGAUGUGUUGAUGUUUUAAAACCUUUUCUUUUAACUCCAGGCUGAGUUUCAUAAAAAAAGACACUGAUCCUAUUUUAAUAUAUGACUGUUUAACCACCAUGCUAUUGUAUUGUCAUCUAAAUGUAUGCAUGCAACGGUACAAAUGACAGACACAUUUUCCCUUUAACUGGAAAUAACAGGAAAUUUCACUUUAAUGUUACUUCCUUCCUUUUGUCAAAGUAGACUGAUGUGCUACAUUGCAUUGGUAGAUUCAUAAAGGUGAUAUCGCACCUGGCUCUCUAUAACCCAAAGUUUUAGGUUUGAAUUUAGACCAUGGACUAGCACAGAUUUAGUCAAUUUUUGCUUUUUUUCUAAUUUUCCAUGGUCUUGAUUCAAUAAUCUUUGUCAUUUCCACCCCUUUGUGAUUUGAUGUGUGUCUUAACCCUAUCUAGGGGCCAGGGGGGGGGCUCAACGAUUUGCGCAAUAUUUUUGCUGCACGAAAUUUUUUGACAGCGCCGCUCGCUGACUUUUUACUUUCAAGUCUUGCGCAACUUUUGAGACCAAUUUUGCGCAACCCGCAUGCCAAUUCUUGGCGCGAUUGCGCUGUCGACAGCUGAGAUCUCAAGGGGGGGCAUGGGAAGACCCCCCCUCCCCCGGGCCAUAUGAACUCCCAAAAUACCCUGGCCUAGAUGGGGUUUAUACUGAUCAUUUGUACAAAAGGUUGUGUCUUUUGUCGUAGUCUUUGAACUCUAAAACCCCACCCCCCUGAGUUUGGCAAGUGUCUUCAAUAGUUCUCAUCAAAGAUGGGACCUUUUUGAGUCAAGAAAGCCAUCUUUCAUAUGCCGUCAUUAUAUGCCUAAUUUGUGAUUUUAAUGAUUUUGUAAAAGUAUUCUUUACAUGUAGGUUGUGAGUUGAGUAUUGUGUUCUCUAUGUGGAUUUUCAAAAUCUUCUAUGUUAUCUGUGAUAAUUAUGAGGGUACAUGUAGCAUUUCAUGUAAUGUGUUUGUAUCAAAUACGCAACAUAUCUUGUGACGAGCACGAAUUUCCAUUCAGUGUUUGAAAAUAAGAAUGACCCUAGUUCACCUCUUGGCUUUUACACGAGCGGAACACGUGAUAUUGUUGCCUAUACAUGAGCGGCUCAUGUUUAGUCUACAUCACAAAAUUCCACCAAGAAGUUUCCCCAUUAUGAUUGGAGCGUUGUGGCCCAGUGGAUAAGUCUUCUGACUUUGAAACAGAGGGUCGUGGGUUCGAAUCCCAGCCAC